AUGAGCACUACUGUCCCCGUUGAUUUGAGAGAGCGCAUGGAAGUCCUCUUCUGGCAGGAGACUACCUCCUACAAGGUUGACGACUACCUCAGCGCCUUUCGCAAUACAAGGCAGGGGGAGGCUAACGUUGUUGGCGCUACCACCAAUGGCCAAAAUGAAUCAUCUUCUACCACCACCACUACUAACAUGACGAGCCCUCCCUCCUUUUUUGGUAUUGGGGAUGAAGUUACAUCCCCUGGGGACCAACAAAUCAAGGAACACUGGAGGGAAAUUAUCUGUGAAUGGGCCUAUAACUUGGUAGAUCACUUUGAUCUACCCAGGGAACGGGUGAGCGUCUUCACCAACAUUCUCGACCGAUACCUUCAAAAGUAUCUGGUGGAGCAUCCAGAGGGGAUCACCAAAAAACACUUCCAGCUCUUGUCGUUGACUUGUCUCUACCUGACCAUCAAGUUGGAUUGCCACCAAGGCUUCCUCUCGAUGGAGAUGAUGAUUCACCUCAGCCGAGAAAAGUUCUCCAAGUAUCAGAUGAGUGCCAUGGAAAAGGAGAUCCUUAGGUGUUUGGAGUGGAAGCUUCACCCUCCGACACCUAGCAUCUUUCUCAGGCACUUUCUACUUUUGCUCCAACCUCAGCACCGAGUCCACCGAGAUGUCAUCGAGUCUGCUCGUUUCUAUAUGGAACUUGCGGCGCUAGACUAUCAGUCUGUCACGCAGAGGCCCUCGAGGAUUGCCUUGGCUGCACUCCUCAACGCCAUGGAGCAGGACAGAGCGGUGUCUACCCUCUCCGGUUGUGCUGCGGAGAUCCGCGACGGGCACUUCCACUUUCUCUUUUCGCUCAUCGAUCCAACGGAGCGAGAGACUGUGAAUCAAUGCCGAUGCCGGCUUAUGGAACUUUUCCAUGGCCUUGCGGCAGAUGAUGAUGACAUGGACGUUCUCGAUGGAGCUCAUGGCGCUGGACGCAUGGCUUCUCCAGUCAGCGUUGCUCAUGGUCAUCCCCUGGCCUAG